CAGGUCUGCUGCUUUAUAAACCAGUUCUCAGCUCAGCUCACUCAGACAUUGAUUAUUUCAACUUCUUUUCAGUCUGCUUUGGAACAGCUCGUUUCUGCCAAGAAGAGAGGAAACUGUGGGUUCGUGGUCUCAGUUCCUUUGUGGGUGUCUUUGGAGUAAUCCAGGUGCCAGAGAGAGGUCUCGACUGACUGUUGACUACAGCCAUGCUGCCCAAUUCAACUUCAGCUCUUCUUUUCCUAAUCAUCUUCCUUGUUCACUCCUCUCUUCCGACCUGUCGGAUUGGGACCCAAAGCGAAUGUGAUGCAGCUCCAUUUGUACCAGGCUACAACCUGGUGGGGGAAGGUUUUGAUAUAGUCACACUGCAGAGAAAAGGAGCUCAUGUGAUUGAUGUGAACACUUAUCUGAGCCCCAGCGAAACCUGUAAACUCUGCACCAACCCUCUUCAAAAUGAUAUCUACCAAAAACGUCCAUAUUCUCUUGCUGCCUGGGGUGCCAGUCCAUGCAGUCCUGACAUCAUCAGCAGUUAUCACACCUCUGUCAGCUCUCUGAUUGAGGUUAACACAGUCCACGACAACAAUGAUUGGACGGUUGGCUUGGAUGUUCAAAAAGCUGUGGUGUCUCGUAACUUCGAUGUGAGAGGAAGCGGCUCCAAAGUCUACAAGUUCGCUUCACAACAGAUCAAAGAGGACCGCUACACUUUCAGCAAACACAGUGUCACCUGCAGCCAUUAUGAAUUUAUAUUAACAACGACACCUCCCUUAAGUGAAGAGUUCAAAAAGCAGUUAGAGAUCCUGCCAAGUCACUACAACUCCUCUAGUAUCAAUGAGUAUAGAAAGCUCAUACAGACUUUUGGCACACACUACUUCAGACUGGUUAAUCUUGGAGGGCAACUGAGACGACUGAUAUCUUCACGAAGCUGCUUGUCCUCCCUGAAUGGAUUAACCCCAAGUGAGAUCCACUCCUGUUUAUCUUUGGGUGUUGCUGUUGGCUUGGGCAAGAUGGAAAUCUCUCAUGUCCAGAAGUCUUGCAUUGGUGUCCUACAAAACCAGGACUCCUCCACUAACUUCAGCCCUGGUCUCCACCAACACCACACAGAGGUGUCAGGAGGAAAUGGUUGGUUGGGGGAGUUUUCAAUUUCCAAAAAUGAUUCUACAGCCUACAUGAACUGGCUAAAGAGCCUGAAAGAACAACCAGAUAUUGUUUCGUUCUCCCUUCGACCUCUCUAUCAGCUUAUGCCAACCAAGCUUCAACAGGAAGGGAUGAAAGCUGCUAUUGAGCACUAUUUGAAGGACAAUGCUGUGAAGAAAUCACCCCAAGAGCCACAAUGUGAGACCACCACUCUUAAUUUGUCCUCUAACUGCUGCCCUCUGCACGCCUCAAGAGGAACUCUAUCAGUGACCAUUGUUCGAGCCUGGAAUUUAUAUGGAGAUCUAAUUGGACAAACUGACAGCUAUGCCAAGAUGUACUAUGGCUCCAUAUACCGCAAGACCCAAGUGAUUGUAUCCAAUGAUCCUCAGUGGAACACUGAGUUUAAUUUGGGCAAGGUGGACACAAGCCUGGCUCUGAAGAUUGAGGUUUGGGAUCAAGACUUUAUCUAUGACGACCGUCUUGGAAGUUGCAAGAAGUACCUGAUCCCGGGCACUCAGACUUUCACGUGCAAAGCAAAUAGAGGAGGCAUUGAGGUUAAAUACACCCUGACCUGUGACCCGUAUCUGACUGGAGAAAGGUGCAGCCGUUAUCAACCAUCUCCUUUAGUGACAGGAGAUUGAUGAGUUUUGAGAAUGAAAGCAUUUCAUUUCAUCACGUAACUUUAACUCACUAAAUCUGACAGAAACUCACAAUUUAUACUUAAUUGCUUAACUUUGUUAAAGACCUAGCUAAAUGUGUAAUUAUCAUACAAUAAAAAAAUUCAAGAUUCUAUAUAACAUUUAAUCACAAGAAAUAACUAUGCUUUAAUAUGUGCAACCAGAAAUUGUGUUCCCUUUAAUGACAAUAAAAUUUGUGGAAUUGCAA